CUUUCAUAUUCUUGAUAGAUAACUUGAAUCUCGUAUAAUUCUUUACUUAAUCAUUUCAAACAAUCUUUUGCAUGUAAUAUUCGUGUACCUUAGUUUUACUUCAUUCGUAUUCUUACCUUGACACCCAUGCAAACGUGGAAUAUUAUAUUAUGUGAUUGAUAUUAGCUUAGGGUUUCAUCUAAUUACUUCCCUUCCACUGCAUGAUAUCAUACAUAUAUAAACCCCUCCAUUGAAUUAAGCUCCAUCGACCAAUCCCUCGAUCUCCUUAUCCACCGCAACAAACAAAUAGAGAAUGGCGGCGUUUAUUUUGAAGUCCGACCACCAAUUCGUCACACCACGUACAAAUGCUGAUCUUCUUGUGUUCGACUUCGAGCACAUGGGCGACAUGAACACUACUGCUCUUCAGACCAACGAAAGGGGAGCACUCCUGGCAAAGCGUCCGGCCGUCCGCGUCGGCCCUUCAUCGGAACAACACAAGGCGCUGCAAGUGUUCGGCGUCACCAUCGACGGCGAGCAACUCGGUGGGCUGGCUCGCGAGCUCAGCGGAAUCGAAGACGGGAACAAUGUGUAUGUCUACGUGAACCGACUCGGGCUCUGCGUAGUCACCAAAAUCAAUCAUCCACAAACCAAGUCCCUCCGGGUCAACGAUUGCUUUGGUUGGUCCAAGUACGGCGUGAGGGUGCCUCGAGAGAUGAUUUGCAAGCCCACCACCACCACCACCUUGUGGAACAGGCUCGACAUGUUCAACGGAGAAACCAUGAUGGACGUCGGAGGAAUGGUGAGAGCUACGGAGGAAGCGGAGGAGCUGCGGCGGAGCCUGGAGGAGGCGAGGUUGGAGCUGGCGGCGUGCAAGAAGGAACUGGAGGAGAAGAAGGUGGAUCUAACAACACGCGAGAAGGAGCUGGAGGAGGAGAAGAAGGUGGAGCUGACUGCAUGCAAUGAGGAACUGGAGGAGAAGAAGGUGGAGUUGACAACAUGCAAGAAGGAAUUGGAGGAGAAGAAGGUGGAGCUGACCACACGCGAGAAGGAAGUGGAGGAGAAGAAGGCGGAGCUGACCGCAUGCAGGAAGGAAGUGGAGGAGGAGAAGGUGGAGCUGGCGGCUUGCAGGAAGGAACUGGAAUGGUGCAAGAGGAUGGAGUCUGAUCAUCUGAGCAAAAGUUUAGUGGAAGAGAAGAACAAGAAGGCGGAGACGUUGGAGGAUCAAGAACUAGUGGCUUCCAAGGCUGCCCUUAACAAAAGAAGGUUUUUCUGCUUCUAAAAAUGCAGCCGCAGCAACAUAGGCUCGUCGCAGAUUGUGCACUUUCUGCUACGAAUUUCUUGUCGUUGCAAAAAAAAAAAAAAAGUUCGUCGGGAAAAAGUACAGUUUCUUGUAGUACAUGCAACCUCGCAUAAAAAAAUUGUUACAAGGGAAGAUAACCAAUAUAAUCCAACUAGUAAUGCAAUAAAAGAUGGCGAUUGAUUGAUAAAAAUAUUAUUGCUCAUUUAACUGAUUAUAAUUCUAUUAGUUUAUCAUAUUAUUUAUAUAUAUAUAUAUAUUGCAUUUACACUUAAAAAUCAAGAUUAUAAUAUACAAAGCCUAAGUAU